UUGAGGAGUACCCAUCACAAGCUCUAGGUGCAAAGCGCAAAGGAGAGGUCGGCGAGCCACGGCAGCGAAGGACGAGAGGCAUUGAUUGCCGUGUGCGGGGAACGACCCAAAAGCGGAGGUGGUCAAAGGCGUGAGUGGGGCAGGAGCGAGUCAGGGUAAGGGGAGUGGAUCGAAAGCAAGAGCAAUGAUGGACGAUUCUGCCCUCUUCUGCCAACACGAGGACGCCCAGCAGAAAUCGUCGCAAGCAGGUUCGAUCGCAGACAGCUUGCCAAUGAUGAUGUACGGUUUUGGAGACGAGCAACACCCGCUGCCGGAGACGGUGGCCUACAUGCAAGAGGUGGUGGGCGAGUACGUGCAGUAUGUGACGGACAAGGCGUGCAAGGCGGCCGAGGUCAAGGGAAAACUGGACACCGAGUGCUUCGUUUUGGCGGUGCGAAACGACAAGGCAAAGUUCAAGCGGGUCAAGGAGCUCCUGGACUUGAACGUGCACAUCAAGAACUGCACCCGUCAACGCUACGUUGACGACAACCUUACCGUCUACCACCCUACGUUCGUCACUCGCCCAAAGGUCAGGGCUAUCGUUCCGCUGAAUCGCUUGUCUGCUACAUCCUUGGCGGAGCCGUCGUUACCGCCGCCACCCCCGUCACCUUCUGCUUCUCCUCCUGUGUCGUCUUCUGCUACGCUGUUGGCAAUACCGCCUGUUUUGCCAUCGUCUAGCGCCUCCGCUGUGGCUACUGGUGCCCCAUCGGACGGCAUCGCACGAUGACGUUGGGGGUACCGCGGCGCUGAUGAUGGUGGUGCCUGCGUCGGUUGGAAAUGUAGGCAGGGCGUGAUUUCGAGACAUGCAUGUGCGGAGGCUCCUUCAUUUAUGGGGCUUCUUGCCGUAUGGGCGCGCCGGAGGUUGUCUUACGUAGUGUCCAGUUUGCUUUUGAUUUUGGCAGGUACCUUAAAUUACAGCAGGGGGUUUGCCUGUUGUGAUUGGGACAAUGGGUGGAAACAAUCGGUGGACGCGCAUCCUGCGAGGUCGUCGGAGGAGGUACAGAUUAGAGAGAGAGAGAGGGCGGAGCGAGGUUCCAGAGGAGGGUUUUCAGGGUGCCUAGAUCUGGUCAGUAAGUAGCUUACAAUGAUUUUAGAGAACCAAACGAGAGAGACACGCGUGUUACGACACGCUCGAGAAUCAUCCCUCCCCAGUAAUGUUUCGUAUCUCUUUCGUUUUUUGUACCCAC